UAUACCUACCUCAGUACGGAUACAGAAACGGCAGCGAACCCUCCUUUUGCUCGUAGCCGCCCCUCACUCAUCCUUUCCCCCCUUCUCUCUCUCCGCUUCUCAUUCGCCUCGAACUGUCGUUUCUUUUUCCCCGCAUUUGCACAGGCAAGCCGCAAGCUGCACGCCGCACGCGCAACGAAAGACGAGACAGGAAGACAGACAGACACUGGACGUCCAGACAAGACUGGACAGAAACUGGACUGGGCAGGUCAGGACAAGACCGGCAGCCGAUCCCGACGGUCUUCGAGCAGACAUCGGACACGGAGUGAAAAACUUAAGCAGCAACCAACACCUUCAUGCGCUAGCGACGAUCAACAAGACAACCCCCCGACGCCAUCCCACCAGCCAGCUACCGACACCUCGACUGAUGAGGCGAGGACAGACGAGACGCUACCUCCGCUACGCUAUUCGUACAUACAUUUCCUCCUCCGUACCCUACAGUGGACUGGAACUGGCUUUUUGACCGGGGGGAGGCUGGGCUGCAGCACUGUCCGAGUCGAGGCUUGUUGCUCCACGACAGUUCUGCUUCUGGCACUGCACUGCUUUUUUGCUGGGCUGCGACAAAUCAUCACUCCACCGCGAAAUCUCUCGCUCAAACUCUUUAACGGCCGUCACCCCUGUGACAAGAGUCCUGAGCCUGUCUCUGCCAUCUCCCUUCUCUCGACUGUUCCCUUAUUCUUAUUGCGUCAUGUUUUGAGUGAUGGACGACACAGAUUCCGCGAGAAAUGCUGCGAGCAGAGCAGGCUCUGCAGAAGUGAAGGCCGAGUCACCAGGAGCGACCACUGCCCCCGCCACUACCAAGAGCCAGCAGCAGCAACACCACCAACAACAAUCAGCGCCGCCAAAGAGGACCGUAUGCGAUCACUGUCGAAGGAGAAGUAUGCUGUUCCACUUCUCUCACGUUACUAUUAUCGUCGUAUCUCAAUUUGCAUCCCCUGCCGUCCGCCCGUCGCAUUCAUGAACUUUCGAAUCCGUUGCGAUGGCAAGUUCCCUUGUGAGCAAUGCGUGCACGCUUCACUCACCUGCAAGCGCGAACAUGUCCCCAAGAAAAGAGGACCGAAGCGUGGCCAUGGACGGGUCAUAAAUGAGUUACGCGCCCGGGAGUCGUCCCAAGGAAAGCAGCAACCAAAAGUCCAGAAACCUUUCAAUGCAGAAACUGCGCUCGAGAGUCCUACAGAGUAUGUGCGGCGUCGAUUAUCAGCAGCUUGCCCGCCGCUGAACCUAGACAGCGUCGACAUUGGGAUGAGCGGUAGCGACCUCGGCGAAGCGACAUCUCAACAUUCGUCCAACGCGUCCGCAGCAUCGACCCCUCCGAGCUUUUGGGCCGCCGUCACCUCGAACCCAGGACAUACCAAUGUACCGGAGCCCAGAGGCAUCUUCUCGAGCGAUGAACUACGACCGAGAACGAGGAGCUAUUUCCACAUGAUCCCCCAGCUGGUCGAGCUGUACUACGAGCACAUUUACCCCAUCAUGCCUCUCAUCUACAUGCCGACCGUCCGCGAAACGAUCAACCGACCCAUGACGCCGAGCGAGAAGAACCUGAUUUACGCCCUGUGCGCCUUGACGUCGAUGCACAUGUCUGGUAAAAGCAUCGGCGCGCCUGGACCCACGUCUUGGGAAGUCGUCGGUCGCUUCUUCCUCGACGAGACCAUUUCGACGAGGCAGACGUACGACUUCCUCGAGGAUUUGUCCCUGUCCGCCGUGAUUUCGUCGUUUUACCUGAGCACAUCCUUCUUUGAAAUCAACCAAUCGCGCAAAUCAUGGUACUAUCUCCGGGAAGCGUUGACCAACGCACAGGACCUAGGACUCCAGGACGAUUCAACAUACUACGGGCUGAGUCGCGAGGAAACGCUAUGCCGACAGAGGGUCUUCUGGAUUCUCUUCGUAACGGAAAGGUCUUUUGCGAUUCUCCGCAACAAGCCAAUUACGUUCAAAAGAACACCGUCGCUACCAACAACACGGCAACCCUACGAAGGCCCCGAUAUUCAUGCCGGUUUUCUGCAGCUUGUUUCAUCCUACACUCCUCUGGACGAAUCGUUCGUGACGGCUUGGAAUGAGGGGUCUGAUCCCCGCGUCAGCGCAACAACGUUUUUGGCUUUGCAAAACCUUCUCUCCCUCCCUCCUGCGUUCCUCCGCCCACAUGGGCGAUCAUCACCACCAACCCAGCCUCAUGGGCAGCUAAUGGGUUCCUAUGGUUCAACGUCAGCCUCUAGAGAUGCUGGGGCACCAGAGCCGACAGACAUUCAGAAAGCCGAUUUGCUCAUCACACAACAAUGGCUUCGACUGAUCGUGUGGCAGUCGUCGAUGAGGCAAGGCCUUCUGAGCUGGACCAACCCGGCCGACUCAGGAGGUGGGGUAUCUUCGGGCAGCGGUGUCGGCGGUGGGAACAGCAUGUGUUUUUCGUUCCCUCUGACAGUUGCACGUGAUACGGCCUCGAUCUUAUCAAGCUUGCCUAGUAAAGCUGUUGAGGUUCACGGAAUGGGUAUCAUGGAGAAGAUCUUCGAAAUCGGAACCUGGUGCGUUAACGUCUUGGGGGCAUGCGAAAGUGUUGGCUUCUCGACCGCCAUGGACUUUACGUCAGGCGAUAUGGGUGUUCUGGGCAGCGGUCGAAAGGGGGCGAGUCUAGACCCUAUCGAGUUCUUUGUGCGUACACUGAGUGCGAGCGACAACUCCCGAAAACAGUUCGCAGAGAAGCUGCUCACCGCUGCCGGCGAGAACCCAGGAAGUAUGAGAACACAACUCAGCCCCGCUAUGUCCGGAAUGAGUUCAGCCGCCGCGGCGAUGAUUGCCGCAGGUCAGGCGCACCACAUGAUGGAGCAAGGCUGGGGACAAGUUGGGCAACAAAGAGGGAGCGUUGUGGGCGAAGUCUUUGACGACAACGAAGAGAGCAACGGCAACAGCCAGCAGCAGCAGCAGCAGCAGCAGCAACAACAACAACAACAACGGCUCGACCUCGGAAGCAACUCAAUGCACCAUCCUUCUACCAUACCAAGUAUGGGGUUGGGAAUCGACCUUGGGUCCGAUCGCUUGACGGGUGGUAUGGGUGGAGUCGACAUGGACGCAAGCAGUGUCGAUCUCAUGAGCCCGUUAGGCCUGACUCGAAGCAACACCUCCGAUAUGGCAGCGAUGGGCAUGCCCGUAUAUGAUACAGCCUGGAGCCCUAGCAGCGGUGGAACGGGGCCGCGCGAAUACCCAGAACAUAAUUCUGGACCUUACACCAAUCAACGUGAAGGGGCCCAAGGCUAUCCCGAUAUGGGGAACGGAAUAAUGAUGCAUGAUCGGAUGGCAACCGGUACCGGCGGUCCCGUGGGAGGCCCCGUUGGUGGGGAGAAUCCUGGUAUGGACCCGCGGCAGCAGCAGCAGCAACAUCAAGGGGAUAAUGGCGGUUAUGACGGACGGAGACCGGAGGACAAGAACGGUGGAUACCCAAAUGGUGGCAGGGUCGGUCUAUGGCUAGGGACAUGA